AUGGCUAAUGUGGCAGUGAAUCGGGCCAACAUGUUGACGAGAAUAUGGAAGUAUGGCGAUCCCGAAGUAACGGCCUCCGAGUAUUUGCUGCACGCCGGAGUUAUAUCUAUGGUGGAGUUCGACAACGACAUAUUUGCAGCCGGAAACUGCUAUGACCAACACCAGUACAAGAAAUAUUGGCUGUUUUGUCCAUACGCGUACAGACUUCCAGACGGCGAGGGUAUACUGGCCAAAGAUUUGGCCGUCGAGUAUAACUAUUUAUCCAACACCAGCGAAUGGUUUUACAUAGCUCGACACAAAGCACAAGGCGUGAUCAAUAGGAACAACCAGUACAGUCACGGUAAGCUAAAUAAUGUAUUAUUAUUGUGUACAUUUUCGUUUUAA